GACAUAUCUUGGAUAUUGCAACAGCACCCUUCCUUACCUUACCCCGCUGCAUCCCACCAUCAGAUAAGGUAAGCGAUAAUAGUAGGCCCACCCGUCAACACGAAUGAUGCCUCACACUCCCCGCCAUCCAACAUCCAACCAAGAAACUGUUAUAAGGUGCCUUAGCUUGCAUGAAAGAUCGCCAACCUUUUCACACCCUAUAGUCCUCAAGAAAAUCAUCCGAACGGCUUCAUCCGCCACGUGGCCAGCAUACUUUCUCCUUCUCCAGGAUCAGUCCACACGAAUCAGACCCCUAUCCUAGGUAGAUUCCCGCCUCACCUACCUUAGUAUCUCAUCCAAAAACACAUCCUCUCAAAAAGAAAAAGUUCCAUCUCACCGUAUCUUCAACAUGGCGAUCGCGGCUGUCGGUCAAAUUUGCUCCACGGCCUCUCUGUCCCACAACCUAGAACAGUGCGUAAGGCUCGUCGCUAAGGCCGCCGUCGGCGGUGCCAAGGUCCUCUUCCUCCCCGAAGCCGCAGAUUACAUCGCCUCAAGCCCGCAAGAAUCCCUCUCCCUAGCCCAGCCGCAGUCCCAGUCCCCCUUCGUCCUCGGCCUCCAGGAAGCGGCAAAGACCCACUCCGUCGCCGUGAACGUCGGCAUCCACGUCCCCACAACAGACGCCCAGAAGCCACCGACGACCGCAACCGCAACCGCAUCCGCCAUCAUCACCACCCCGAAGCUCCUCAACCGCAGCCUCUGGAUCAACGCAGACGGCACCAUAAACCAAGCCGCAACCUACGACAAGCUCCACCUCUUCGACUACGGCGCCCUCCGCGAAAGCGCAACAGUCCAAGCCGGCCCCUCCCUCACGGCCCCGUUCCCCACCCCCGUCGGCCGCGCCGGCAGCCUCAUCUGCUUCGACCUCCGCUUCCCCGAACCGGCCCUCGCCCUAACGCACCCGGGUCCCAAGAGCCCCUUCCUCCCUGACAAUGGCAGAGGCGGCCACGGCCCCGCCCAGGUCCUCCUUUACCCUUCCGCCUUCACCAUCCGAACGGGCCAGGCGCACUGGGAAACCCUCCUCCGGGCCCGCGCCAUCGAGACGCAGAGCUGGGUCGUCGCCGCGGCGCAGGUGGGCGCGCAUAACCCGAAGCGGAGCAGUUACGGGCACAGCAUGGUUGUCGACCCGUGGGGUCGGGUCAAGCUGGAGCUGGGCGGCGUGGACGCCGAAGGCAGGGCCGAGGAGGGCGCCGAGGGGGCCAUUGGCUUUGUCGAUGUGGAUUUGGACGAGUGGGCAAAGGUCAGGGAGGGUAUGCCGUUGGCCAGACGGACGUGAGUUGUUUGUGUUUUUCUUGUCCAUCGCCGCUUUGUCGUCACAUCUCUCUUUUUCUUGUUGUUCUUACUCACACCGACCUCCGUUUUUCUCUCUCUCUCACACACACACCCUCUUGAGGCUCAAAAUUUUCUCCAUGUAAAUGGCACGCCCCCUUUCCCUCCCCUCGCCCCUGGAGGUGCUGUCACUUCUUCUCUCUGGGCAUCCCCGUCUCCCCCGUCACCUGGGAUGCCGGCCCCUUCUCCAUCAUGUACCAGCGGGAUGGUUUAGCUGAUGACCUGAGAGCAGCGAUGUGUACCCUGAAAU